AGAAUAUCAUUAUGGGUACAUGUAACUCCACUAAUCCACCUCUAUAUAUAUAUUGCUAUUACUUUUGUUACAUUGACGUGUAUACAAAACCUUGUCCUCUCAUGGAGAAAAAUCUUUCUCUUUGCUGCUUAUUCAUAGCUUUCUUUCUUCAAUUUUCAACACUUUCCUUUGCCACUUUCAACAUUUUCACAGACCAACAAGCUCUUCUUGCUUUAAAAGUUCAUAUUACCCAUGAUCCUACCAAUUUAUUGUCCGCAAAUUGGUCCUCAGCUACCUCCGUUUGUAAUUGGAUUGGCAUCCGUUGUGGUGCCCGUCACCAUAGAGUUACAGCUUUGAAUAUUUCUUACUUUCAUCUUACAGCCACUCUUCCUCCUCAACUGGGAAACCUGUCUUUCCUUUCGUCUCUGAGCAUUCAAAACAACAGCUUUCAUGGCGCUAUCCCUGAUGAGUUGGCUCGAUUACGUCAACUCAAGCACCUUCAGUUGAGUAACAAUAACUUCAAUAAUAUAGAGAUCCCAUUAUGGUUGGGGUCCUUAACUAAACUUCAGUUCUUGGGUUUGAAUGAAGUCAAGUUUUCAGGGACCAUCCCAGAAGCCCUAGGUAACUUGUCUUCACUUGAACGACUACAUCUUGAUCACAAUCAGCUGUCGGGCUCCAUUCCCACCUCCAUCUUCAACAUAUCUUCACUGCAAGUACUUAAUCUGUAUCAUAGCCAACUCUCGGGCUCCUUCCCUUCCAUCUUUUUCAACAUGCCUUCGUUGGUACGUAUUGACUUGGGCGAUAAUGGACUGUCCGGUGGACUCACUGAGACUAAUUUUGAUAAUCUUCCUAGUUUGGAAAUUCUUUACUUGGAUGGAAACAUGUUCAGCGGCCAAAUACCAUCCAAUUUAUCAGAAUGCAGAAACUUGCAAUCCUUUGCCUUGUCGUACAAUUAUUUCACCGGAGCCAUGCCGAAAGAAAUUGGAAAAUUGUCUCAACUUAGAGAGAUAUUUAUUGGACACAAUAGACUCCAAGGAGAAAUUCCCAAGGAGUUAGGCAAUUGUACACAACUGGAAUCAUUAAUGCUUCCAAAUAAUCAGCUCACAGGAGCUAUUCCGAACGAUAUUGGAAACUUAAUUCAACUCUCCACCAUUUAUCUUGACUACAAUAAUAUUCAAGGACCAUUGCCAAAGGAAAUUGGAAAUUUGACUCAGCUUGAGCAGAUGUAUAUUUCUGACAAUAAACUCCAAGGUGAGAUUCCAAGUGAAAUUGGAAAUCUUCAUAAUCUACAAUAUCUGAUACUUAGUUAUAACAAUUUAGUCGGCGUGGUUCCAACAACUCUCUUCAAUAUAUCAAUGAUGAAACGACUUUCUGUUUUGGCAAAUAAGCUCUCUCUCUCAGGAAUUCUUUCUUCAAACAUUGAACUUCCAAAUCUUGAAGCUCUUUACUUGGGGUCUAAUGGUUUUAGUGGGAGAUUUCCGAACUUUGUCUUCAAUUCUUCCAAGCUCUCUAAACUUGAUAUUUCAGAUAAUUCAUUCUCGGACUUCAUUCCUACUACAAUUGGAAAUUUAAGAAAUCUUGAGUGGCUUGUCUUAUCUGAUAAUUUCUUGACAUCUUCUUCUCCAAAUUUGAGCUUUCUUUCCUCCUUGACACUUUGCAAGAAUUUAAAACAUUUAGGGUUGAAUGGAAAUCCAUUGAAUGGCAUUCUGCCUAGUUCCAUAGGGAAUCUCUCUAUUUCUUUGGAAAGUAUUCAGAUGAUUAACUGCAAUAUUACUGGCAACAUUCCCAAAGAAAUAAAAAAGUUGAAAAACCUGAUAGAUUUGCAGUUAAAAAACAAUGAAUUGACUGGAUCUAUCCCAGUUACACUAGGUGGACUACAAAAACUCCAGGGUUUGAACCUUGGAAAUAAUAAAUUAGAAGGGACCAUCCCGGAUGAACUUUGUGGAUUGAAUAAAUUGUGUGACUUGCGAUUAGAUGGUAACAAGAUGUUUGGAUCCAUACCUGCAUGCAUAGGCAAUCUCUCUAGAUUGAGAAAACUGUCGUUGGCCUUCAAUAGGUUAACUUCUUUCAUACCCUCAACUUUAUGGCACCUUGAGGACAUAUUGCACUUUAAUUUGUCAUCAAAUUUUCUAAAUGGGUCUAUUCCAUUAGAAAUUGAAGCCCUGAAGGUUGCGGUAGAUAUAGAUUUGUCAAGAAAUCUUUUGUCUGGCAAUAUUCCAAACAAUAUUGGGCGCUUAAAUAAUCUACAAAAUCUAUCCUUGGGAUAUAAUAGAUUAGAAGGCUCGAUUCCUGAAUCAAUUGGCGACCUGACAAGCUUGGCCUUCUUGGAUUUAUCUAGGAACAAUCUCUCUGGAGACAUUCCUAUGUCUUUAGAAAAACUUGUGUAUCUGAAAUAUCUAAACGUGUCUUACAAUCGAUUAAGUGGCAAAAUUCCUGAAAAAGGAUCAUUCGAAAACUUUUUGGCUGAAUCUUUCAUGGGAAAUCUUGCAUUGUGUGGUUCUCCAAAACUACAAGUUCCACCAUGCAAAACAAGCAGCACUCAUCGGAAAUCAAGGGCUAAAAGGGUUAUCAUAUUGAUUGUUUUACCACUAAGUAUUGCAGUCACUGUCCUGAUUCUCCCUUUUGUGCUAACUAAAAUCCUUAAAAAGAGCACAAAGCCACCCACCAAUGUUGAGAUGUCUUCACAACAUACAUGGAGAAGAAUUUCUUACCAAGAACUAAUGAGAGCUACAGAUGGAUUCAAUGAGAACAACCUGCUUGGAAGAGGAAGUUAUGGUUCAGUUUACAAAGGAAGACUUGAUGAUGAUGGUAUGGAUAUUGCAGUAAAAGUGUUUCACCUACAUUUUGAUGGAGCAAUUAAAAGUUUUGAAGCUGAAUGUGAACUUUUGAGCAGUAUUCGUCAUCCAAAUCUUGUUACAGUCAUUAGUAAUUGUAGAAAUGAUGAUUUUAAAUGUCUGAUACUCGAGUACAUGCCCAAUGGAAGCUUGGAGAAAUGUUUGUAUUCUGAAAAUAUUACUUUGGACAUUUCACAAAGGUUGAACAUAAUGAUAGAUGUCGCUUCAGGUUUAGAAUAUCUGCAUUUUGGUUAUUCAACUCCCAUUGUUCAUUGUGAUGUCAAGCCCAACAAUGUGUUGAUAGAUGAAAAUUUGACCGCCCAUUUGAGCGAUUUUGGCAUUGCAAAGCUCUUAGGUGAAGAAGACUCAAUGACUCGAACACAAACCCUAGCCACUAUUGGUUACAUGGCACCAGAAUAUGGAAGAGAAGGGAAAGUAUCUAGAAAAGGAGAUGUUUACAGCUAUGGUAUUAUGCUAAUGGAAACAUUUACAAGGAAAAAGCCAACAGAUGAAAUAUUUAUAGGAGAAAAGAGCCUAAGGAGUUGGGUUGGUGAAUCAUUAUACAGCACAGUGAUGCAAGUCUUGGAUGCAGAUUUGCUAAUAAGGGAUGAUGAACAUUUCUCUAGCAAGGAGGCAUGUGUGUCUUCUAUCUUGAGUUUGGCUAUAGAGUGUACAAGAGAAUCACCAUUGGAGAGGAUCAACAUAAAAGAAGUGGCAGCAAGACUCAUCAAAAUUAGAGUCGAAUUUGCAAAAAUUGGAACCAGAAGAGGCUAGAGAGUUUAAAAUUUAGGAGUCAUGGUUUUUGGUCAGUUUUAACCAUUAUCUCUCUUUCCCACAUGAGACGUCUCUUAAAAGCAAAAUUGUAAAGUCAACAAAGGUCAAAGUGGACAAUCUCUUGCAAUGGUUUAAUAUGUGUAGAUCAAGGCAACAUCAACAAUUUUGGUUUGUAGAAUGAAAUGGAUGAGUCAACUGCCCAUGAAUUGAACAGCCUGGAAUUUAGAGAAGCUAUGUCUGAAGAUAAAGCAACCUUCAACUUUUUCGAGGCCUGUGAUGAGAACUAACAAGAAGUGCUCGUAAUGAGCUUUUUAAAUUUGAUAGAUCUUAAUGUACUAAAGACAAAAUUUAGGGGCUUUGAAAAUGUUUCCCAUUUCUAAUGAAGAUGAAAAUAUUUUCAUUUAU